CGAUAUAGGUACAUUUGCUUUGAAAAACUUAUAAAGUUGAGCGCAUUGAAGCAAAUAGCUAAAGCUAGCUAAUACUAGAAUUACCAUAUCCAUAAACAAGAAGAAUAGAGAUCGAUGGGUGUGUCUUCUCUAUGCCGUUUUCUGAUGGCUCUUCUAGUUAUCGUUUCCACUUUUUUCUUGCAGUGCCCCAACGCUAAUGCAGGUAUGACGAUUAGGAAACUGGCUGGUUCUCUGCCAAGUAGACCACCUCCACCGAAUGGGUCUGUGCCUAGAGUUCCAGCUUUCAAAUCCCCUCCACCGCCACCACGGCCGGGUCCGACCCAAUUUCCUCCACCUCCACCGCACUAUAGCUAGACAUUUUCUAGAAUGAUCAAGAGAAUUAAUAAAGGAUGUGUGUGUGUUUGCAUAUCUGUUUCUUUUCUUCAUGGAGCGAGUGAGUAGCAGAAUCUGGAUUUCACAUGUGCAAGGAGCAUAUAUAUACGUAAUUUCUUCAUUGUAAUAUUGAACUCCAUCAUCUGGACUAGUACACUUUGCAAGGGCCGUGGAAUUUAUGAGCUAGUCAAUAAGUCAAAUGAUGGGGCUAAUAUCUGUGUGUUUACAGCUAAUUGAGAUGUCUAGUGAUGGCGAGCAUUUUGAAGCUUAA